AUGGCGAAUAAAUCAGGAAAAGCUAAAACAAAGUCUAGGUAUACAGAUUUAACCCAAAUUAUAGAGGAAAUUGAUAGAGAAAGUGAUACCGAGUUGCUUCAGGAAGAUGAAUCUUUCAGCGAGAGUAGUUUUGACUCACGGGCGGAAGACACGUUUCUCCACGGAGAGGAUGCUAUUUUGGACUGUGGCAGUGACUCUGAUUACGAGCCCCCAAUGUCUAGGUGUCCAUCCCCCUCUGAAGCUCGUUCAUCCAGCCCGACACUUGCUGUCUCCGGCUCCAGCCGGACCCCUGCUGUCUCCGGCUCCACACCUACCCGGCCAUCUAGAGGUGUGAAGACUGUGACCAAGAAGCGGAGGUGGGGAAGAGAGAAACCUGCAGACAGAGGGUCGUUGUAUGGUGCUAAGAAGCAGGCAGGAAAGAAAGAGGUAUGCAAGACCGUUUCCAUGUCAGACCUUUUCUGCUACCUUUCACUGGUCAUUUACAUGGGGCUGGUGAAGUUGAAAACUCUGAGGGACUACUGGAAAACGUCAGCUCUCUAUCAACUGCCUUUCCCCAUCACUGUCAUGUCUUGUAAAAUAUUUCUGGCUAUCUCACGGGCGCUUCACAUCAGUGACCCAGAAGUUGAUGGGGAGAAUGACAAGAAGAGAGGCACAUCAAGGUUUGAUAGGCUCUGCAAAAUCAAACCUCUCUACACCAACAUCGUUGAGGCCCGCAAGACCUAUUUUCAGCCUGCCCAGAACAUGUCCAUAGAUGAGAGGAUGGUAGCCUCAAAGGCCAGAAUUAGCCUCAAACAAUACAUGCUGUUGGAGAAGGGCUACAAACUGUUUGUGGACAACUUCUACACAAGCCCUACCCUGUUCACAGACCUGAGGAAGCGGGAUGUGUGGGCUUGUGGCACCAUUCGGACCAACAGAGUGGGCUUUCCAAAAACAAAGGUGAACGACAUGCCUAAGCGAGCUGAGCGGGGUACCAUGCGAUGGAUUCGUGAAGAUGGCCUGCUCUUUGUAAAGUGGAUGGAUACCAGAGAGGUGGUCAUGUGCACAACUAUCCACAAGUCCUUCAAGUCCUUCGUCAGGCGUGUGAAGGACGGUACCGAGGCAUGGACCACAAAAAAUGUCCCCAUUCCAGCUGCUGUAAAGGACUACAACAAGGGCAUGGGAGGUGUGGACCUGUCAGACACACUGAUAGGAUACUACAAUGUUCUCCACAAGACAAUUAAAUGGUACAAGACAUUUUUGUAUCAUUUCAUCGACAUUGCUGUGGUGAAUGCCUUCAUCCUCCAGAAGGAAAUGGCUAAGAGCUGUGGACAGCCCCCCAUGUCACAGCUAGCCUUCAGGGAGCUGCUCAUCCAGGAGCUUGCUAGCUACAGCAAGUCCACUGCAUCACCUUCUGUCCCCUCUACCUCUGUCCCUUCUGCUCUUUCAACCAGUGGUGUUCACCUGCCCAAAUUCAUCUCUGCAAGCAUGAAUGUGCCUCAGGGCAAAAAGGGCACAGUAGGGAGGCGUCGUUGUGCACUUUGUCACAGGAAAUGCCCCAUCACCUGCACCAUUUGUUCAGUAACCCUCUGCUUUACAGCAGAAAGAGACUGCUAUGGGCCGUGGCAUCAACAGCACAAUUUUGUGUAG